AUGGAGAACAUCAUUUAUGAUGUCGACCAAAAGCUGGACGACGUCUCUCGCUACUUGACCGUAUUUCAUAAAUCCUGCUCAAUAAAUGUACAAAAACCAAGGCGCUACACACCCACUAGAGGACAGGUUGAAGCUACUAUCUACAACAUCACACGAAGUUGCCCUGGAAAGGGUGGGGUGCUUGUCACACCAUCUAAUCUGAUCACCAUCGUCCGUCGAUCGACUUCUAGAAACACGUACGAAAUCAACAAACCUAAUUGCGAACAGAAGCAAUGCUUCAUUUCACCUCAGGAGUGUAUGAACGCUUUCGAAAAUCUUCCAGUUAACCGGAAAGGGGUCUUCACCGGAAACCAAACGAUCUAUUCAUCCAAUUCCACGAGAGGCAAUUGUCUGGUCAAAAUUUCAACCACUGACUACGCCCCCUUCCGGACGUCCCAUUUAGAGACCCUUUCAUCAUUCCGCGUCCUCGUAAAUGAGUGCAAAGAGCAUCCGGGGGUGGUUUUCAUGAACGGCGGGACCGCCGGCUACAACGGUGAUGUGAAGAUUUCCUUUCGCAACUGGGACGAAGGAAAAUGUGUUUGA